UAAAGUUGUGGUGCGGGUCCCUUUAAAGAGCUCCGCGCCUGCGGGAGCACUAACAUGGAAUAGUCCAUUUGAACUGAUGGGGGUACAAAAGCUCAGGAUAAGAUGCCAUCUUCAGACGCCCCUCCUCUCGGGCUCGCUGUGACAGUGAUCCAGAUGGUCGCUUUGAUUUCAGGACAGAUCGCCUCAAUAGUUAUUAUUAUAAAACACGCAAACCUCUUAAUGAUUUCCGGUUCUGUUCGGUUGGACUGAACCUUAAAUGUGUACUCGUGUUGGGAGCGCACUUUGGGAGACAGUGUUCGUGAAGGCCGUGUGCUCGCCCCCGGAGUGGCUCAACUGUUCUCGGACUGAUCCAAUGGGGGACACCGGCAGCGAGAGCAGCAACACGCCGACUCUACCUACGCGGUGCCCCUGCGGCUUCUGGGGAUCCAGCAAGACCAUGAACAUGUGCUCCAAAUGUUUCACCGACUGUCAGAAAAAGCAGCCAGAUAGUGAGUGUUUGUCCAAGCCGAGCUCAAGCUGUGAGAGUAUGCAGAUGUACAGCGGUGAGGUGAGCGGUGUCAGCAGCCCGGACCAGACCUCACUGUCUCCACCCUCACAUCCAGAACCACCUACAGUCACGGACACAUCCCUCCCCUUCAGCAACUCACAGGAAGGAGCAUCAUGUAGAGAUCCAGCACAAGGUCUUCUCUGCAUUCCCACCAAACAACCCUGCCAUUCAGAUGAUGAGGCAUCACCAGUGAAACGUGUGCGGCUAGAGGAUGGCUCAUCAGGAGAGGAGGCGAGGAGCGGACCCAAGCAGAAGAACCGCAGACGCUGUUAUCGCUGUUCAAGCAAAUUAGAGCUGGUACAGGCGGCGCUGGGUUCCUGUCGCUGUGGCUACGUGUUCUGCAUGCGACAUCGUCUUCCUGAGCAGCAUGAGUGCGAGUUCGAUCACCUGGGACAAGGUCGUGAAGAGGCCAUGCGCAACAUGGUGAAACUGGACCGUAAGGUGGGCCGGUCCUGUCAACGUAUCGGAGAGGAGUGCUCCUGAUGUCUAAGAUGGUGAAGAACACAAUUAAUAUGGGAACAACUGGACUUGCUGGUUUGGGGGUCGUCUCUCAUUUGAGGCCUUCAGUGACCCGGAGAGCUCGGCUCCUGAUGCUCUACGCCUUAAUCAGAUGAAAACUGCCUGUUUUGGCUGAAGUGGACUGUAAAUGGUCAGCAGCAAGCCGUUUCAAGUACUGUGGUGUGUUUGUGUUCUUUAUCAAACUGCUGCACCCACAGGCCUCUACAAUUACCAAUCCCUGAUGGACGUUUGAUAAAUCUCCUUUGAUCUGAUAUUUGAACACACGAUGCCUUUGCCAUUUUCUCUGUAAUAAAGUCUUAUUUACAGAUGAGUUCAAGUCAAGGCUCAUAUUGUUCUUAUAACGUAUAACAUGUGAAGAUUUCAUGAGUGAAUUUAUGUUGAUCAGGAAUAAGAAACCCCAUUAUAGUAUUACCCCCCCCCCCCUCGAGGUAUAAUUCUAAAUGUGAACACGAUUGUAAAGAUCUCUCUUUUUUUAAUUGGACUAUAUGAAGCGAGCUCAUACUUGCAUCGAAUCGUGUAUUUUAGUUGUUUUUCAUCUCUUUGUUCUUAAAGUUGAAUAAACUGGUUUAGAUAAUGAGAUCGUUUGGUUAUAUUGAAGACAAGUGUUUAAAUCGAACUCCUCAUUGCUUGUGUUCUUGAUUGUGAAGUGUCUCUCUCAUAGUUUCAUGAAUGUUUGGUGUCAGUACGGAUCUUUAAAAGAUAUUUUUAACCGUUCUGUGAGUGAUCUAAACCACCAUGACCUUUGACCUGUACUUGCACUUCUAUAUCACUGACCUCGUUAAUUGUGUUUUUUUAUGACUGUUAAAUUGGGUUUAUUGAAUGACUAUAUUUUAGUUUAACCCUUUAAACUCUGGUGCAUUUUUGGGCUGCCGCCUGCAAUUUCUCACACUCCGAUUGAAAGGUUCACCAUUCACACGUACUGUGAAAUAUUGCAAAACAUUGGUCUCAUCAUGUCAUUGAAUGGGUUAAUAUGGAGGAAAAAAUCAAUAACAUCAAAAACAAAAACAUUUUUGAGAUUCCCUGAUAUUUCCAGGUUUUGCAUGGCUUUGUAUUAUGAAUAAUCAAACAUCCGGGUGUUUUCGUAAAUCACUUUGAAUCUAAAUCAGAUUUGAUUUGAAUUGCACUCAAAGCAGUAUUUUAGUUUUUAUGAAAAGAUGCAUAUCAAUGUUAACUGAUUUCAGUGUUUGUGGGCGAUAAAUGUGGGAUGAUGUACAGUUAGCUGGUCAUUAUGACAAAAGCAACCACAGUACGAUCAGGACCCCGACACAAAGCACAUCCCACAUAUUACACAUGGCUACUUGAGUAAAUAAAUGGUUAUGAAAUAUCAAUCUGAAUUAGCAGUUAAUUAAUCUGAAACCAACUGUAAGAGUUACUAUUGAAAGCAACAUUACAAUUCCAAGAACUACAUUAAACAGAGAAGAAAUGAUUGUCUUUAUUGAUGCCUGAGCUAUGGGUCAAAGGUCAUGUCUGGCACCUGUACCAAUCAUGCUGAACUCUAAUGGAGCACUCCAGUCAAUGUCCAGAGUCUCCAUAGAGACGAGCAUCAGAAGGUCAAGUGACUCUUUAUAGUGCUGACUGUCCUCUGAUGAACUCCAGCAACCUGAAACACACAAUACAAUCAUGUUGUCUUUAAAUCUAUUAUGAUGUAAUCCACUUACAAUCUCAAUUAAACAUCAAAAGACCAAUUACACAAAAUACAGCAACAACAAGAGACAUAAUUCAUAUAAUGUGUAAACAAAAUAGUGUCAAUGUCGUGACGCUUGCUGUUUUGUCCAGAUGGAUUAUAUUAUGCAAAAACUCAUUUCAAAUGUCAUUGACAUAAAACAAUUAUUAUGUACUUGUUUUCAGUUUUUGAGUUUGAUAUUUUCACAAUA